UUUUAACCGCGAUUUCCAGGCUUUUCUGCCUUUGCAACGCGUUGUUUUGGUCUGACUUCAUGUGCACCGACACCUAGAGAGUAAACAUUGUGGGAGAGUGCAGUCAAACUCAUCGGCGGCAUGGUACUUUACUGCUCCGUGCCACAGUGCUCUACGUACGCGACGGAGCCAGGCGUGAGCUUUCACUUUUACCCCAAAGAAAAAAAACUACGCAACGCAUGGCUUGUAAAGCUUCGAAUGGGCAAGGAACCAAGCUCCUACGCACGUGUGUGCAGCAAGCACUUCCGCGAAGAAGACUUCGUGUACGGAGUGGGUGCGCGAAUGUUCGGGUGGAAAAAGCGCUGCCUUGAAGCCGGAGCUGUGCCGUCGAAGAAUUUACCGGUGCGCCCGUUGGAUCGCCCGGGUACUGAGCGUCGCCAAAUCCGGAAGGAACAGAGUGUUGCAGCAGACGUGCCAUUGGCAACAGUACAUCCCACCCCCAAGCCCCCUGCAGAUACUCUAGACAUCCAGGCACAAUCAUCUGAGUAUGAGAUUCAGCAGAGCUUGGGCACAUCCGCCUUCAGUAACCACGAAGAUGUUAACAAUGAAGAUGGCCUGGAAGAUGUUCCUGCUGCAGCGCUUGCCUUCAGAAGAGAAAUUGGACUUCAAGUUAACACCCUUGAUGCUGAGAGACAUCAACCACUCAGCAUAGCGCGUGUAAAAACUCAAAAAGACCUAAGUGUAAUCACUGGUCUUCCAUGCUACCAGCUAUUUUAUAAUCUUUGUGAUCUGUACACUGACAGCCGCAUGCUUAUGCAGGCAAAAAGCUUUUGCCUAUGCAACGAAGAUGCGGUGCUAAUGACUAUGAUGAAGCUCCACCACAACGUGCCAUUUUCACUAAUUGGGGUACUUUUUGGCAUUCAUCGCACUACAGCAGCAGAUAUAUUCAAAGCAACAAUUGCAACACUAGCAGAAAUACUACAAACCGCAGUAUUCUGGCCAAGCAAAGAGGCGGUUGUCGACAACCUCACCGUCCAUUUUAAGGAAUACCCAAAUGUGCGUGCAGUUUUGGACUGCACGGAAAUCCCACUGCAAAGACCAAAGGAUCUGGAGUCACAGCUACUCACAUACAGCUGGUACAAGGGUACCUAUACAGCUAAGGUAUUAGUCUGUGAAACACCUGGAGGCCAUAUUAGCUUUCUGAGCAAGGCAUAUGGUGGAAGGGCAUCGGAUUCCUUUAUUACAAAGGAAAGUAAAAUUCUUGAGAAGUUUUUGCCUUCUAUAGAUAGUGUAAUGGUUGACAAGGGCUUUCUGAUCGAUGAACUCUGCCUUCAGCACCAUGUAACCAUGGUUCGCCCUCCAUUUUUACGUAAAAAGAAACAGCUUACACAGUGUGAAGCUCAACAAAACCAGAGUAUUGCAGCUGCCCGCGUUCAUGUGGAGCGCGCCAUUCAGCGUAUGAAAGUUUUCAAGAUUCUGUCGGGAAACCUUGGCACUGAGCUUUUCCCGUACAUUGAUGAUAUUUUAACUGUCAUUGCAGGAAUUGUCAAUUUGUCAAAACCGAUUUUCAGUGCUGAGAAGUUCUUGUAUGAGUGAAAUCGCUUUGUGACAUGCCUAAAAGGGGCGUUACAUCCCCAUCAGUGUCAGGGUGCCACCAGUUCACUAGAAAGGCCAGUAAUGCAGCAACAUGUUAUGCAUGCACCGAAAACAGUUUCAGUAUGUUUCGCAUUGCUUCUCAACCAUGCCCAAUAUGCUUUAGAAGAGCCAUAGCUGGGAUAUAAUUUUUCCUGUUUUACU